UCAUCAGCUUGGAAUUUCACAUGGCUAGUUUUUAUGAAUGAAAAAUGGGUGCCAUUUGAUAUCGUUAACCAAACCAAACUGGAACAGACCCUGACAGUAGGAGGAACAUUUGUAGACAUCACUGAUUGUCAUUUUCCUGAUGUGAAACGAGUACGUGUAUUUCCAAGGAAUAAUUACCUUAGUUAUCUCGGCGUCAAAUAUCGGUUGUCUCGGAUCAUGCAACCGGAUGCUUAUUUAGAUCAUGUGGCUGUUGCUGAAGCA